AACAGUGCAUGAUCAUUGCUACUAGCGCGGUGGAAAGAAAGGUGGCGAGAUGUGACGAACGAAACAAGACUCAUUGGUGAAUUAGGAAUUCUAUAGGACGUGCUAUCUUCGACACUGGACCUUGUUAGUGUAUUCGUUACAGCAGCUGCACCAGCUGAUUGUCAACCUUCUGCGGCCCCUUUUAUCUCCCCAUUUUCGCUUUGAUGUUUCUUAUUCCCCUUCUCAUUCUCACUCUCUCUCUCUCUCUCUCUCUCUCUCUCUCGCUACUGGUAGCUGAUAUGCUGUAUUAUAAGUCAGCGACGUCGCUACUGUAUAGCAUGAAUUCCUUCGUUUUUGAUCGUCAAAAUCGGAAAUUCGAACUUCGAAAAAUAAAAUAAACCAAGCGCUUUGCGCUCCAAGCCGUAUUUCCCUGCUGACGAGUAGACGCCCGUCGAGUUUGCGGCUCUACGACACGCACAGCUACUGGAGAAACAGCGUCGGCAACUACAGCACGAUGCCUCAACACCUGAAGAAUCACGGCUACAGAACAGCGUCGUUCGGCAAGGUUUUCCAUCCGGGCGCGAGCUGCAACGGCAACGACGACAGUCCGUACUCGUGGACCGAGCCAGCAUUCCAUCCGUACACCCAAAUCUACAAGGACGCGCCCGUCUGCCCCAGCGGCUCCGUCCGGCUGGCCAGCAAUCUGGUCUGCCCGGUGCGCGUCAAGUCGAUGCCCAAUGCCACCCUCCCGGACAUCGAGACUCUACAGGCGGCCAAGGCGUUUCUGAGGACAGUAGCUCGCGAAGAGAAGCCUUUCUUCCUGUCGAUUGGCUUUCACAAGCCUCACGUGCCGCUCAAAUACCCCAAGCGUUACUUGAAACAUCAUCCACGACGGAAACAUCACUUGCCGACCAAUUACCAGUGGCCGAACAAUCUCACUCACCUCGCUUACAAUCCUUGGAUGGACUUGCGACUACGAGACGACGUGAGGAAGUUGGCCCUGAGCUGUCCUUGGCAGAAGAUACCAGGGAGAUACGCAAGGAAGAUCAUACAAUCAUACUACGCGGCAGUAACAUAUAUAGACAACCUCGUCGGCAAGCUCUUGUACGAACUUGAGCUGCGAGCGCUUCGCAACAACACAAUCGUCAUCUUGACGUCGGACCACGGCUGGUCGCUCGGCGAGCAUUCCGAGUGGGCGAAGUAUAGUAACUUCGAGGUGGCGCUGCGCGUACCUCUGCUAAUCUCCGUACCGGGAUUCUCCUCGGCGAGGGUACGCGAGCCUGUCGAACUGCUCGACAUCUUUCCAACCGUGGCCGAGCUGGCUGGAUUUCCCGUGUCGAUCUGUCCACGGCAACGACCUCCCAACCUCUGCAGUCAAGGCUCGUCCCUGCUUCCGCUGUUUCGAUCAAGCGACAGAUCGCAGCCACUCUCGGACUGGAAGGGCAUCGCUAUUAGUCUCUAUCCACGCUUGGACAUGGAACCAGUCUGCGAGCCCGACGGAGAUAAGCCUAGUUUGCGUCACAUUAGAAUAAUGGGCUAUUCGAUCCGUACGAUGAAUUACAGAUAUACUGUCUGGCUACCAUUUUCAUGGCGAACCAAUAGACCUGAGUGGACAAAGCUUCUCGCCGAAGAGCUUUACGAUCACAAUCUUGACGUUCGUGAAAUGUAUAACGUCGCUGCAUCCGCCGAUCAUCAACUACAGAAACAGCAUUUAAAAAAUAGAUUAAUGAACAGUCUCCGUUAAUGAUUAUAUUAUAGGGACAAAGAAAUACACAUAUCAAAUAAACAAUGAUACAUCAAAAUUAAAAAAAUUGCACUCGCGAUCACAGUCAAUUAUCACAGCGGCUAAUCUCAAGAAUCGAUAAUUUCCAAGCUAUCCAAUAAGCCAAACAGAAGAACUAAUUUGAACGAGA